UCUAUUUUUUUCAGCAACAACGGCCAGUGUCCAGUAGGGCAAUGUGGAGCAGCUCUUAACGAAGAAGAUGAGCUGGAACCAUGUGAAGGACCGUGUCAUGCCAGUUAUGAAAUCGAAACUAUGGUAGCUCUACCAUGCUGUCAGGUGUACAUGUGUCAACCGUGUGCAAAGAAAUGGACAGAAGGAAAAGGCACCUGCCCUCCAGGAAAAUGUCUUCAAAAAGGCGGCUCAAAAAUCAAAACGCCAUGCUCGGGAAUGCCAGACUGUGAGGGUGAGGUGUUGAGAAACUUCCCGUCAGAAAUGGAAUGUGAACAUGAAGUGUGCAUAAACUGUUUGGCUAAAACUCUGGAUGAAUGUGAACAUAAUACACCACCUAUUUGCCCCAACGAAGCAUGUCGACUACCGUACCGCUGUGAAACGGUACUUGCUCUGCGAGCGCUCUUCCCUGAACGAGCCGCUUAUUUUAGCCGUUUCGAUCUGGAAUCGCACUACUCCAUAGAGGCACUGAAGGAUGACUCAAUUACGCUUAUUCAUGUCUCUAUCCACAUCAUCGGUACGAGGGUGGUAAGUGGCACACUGUCACACACGCAUGGUCACGGGUUCAAAUCCCGGAUCGGUAACCGCUUAGGCCACUGUCCAGUCGAAUUCGUCAAAAACGGUCCUCUUGGUGAUUUGAUUCGUGAAAUACGACGUGUCCUCAAAAUAAUGAACACUGAUAAGGUGAGAAUGGCUACGAUCAAUUUUGAGAAAGAAUUUCCAAAAAUACUUGGUUCUCCUUGUGACACAUCAAUGAACUCUUGUAAGUCGUCUAGGGACCAAAUACCCCUCGAAACACUGCAUUCAUAA